UGGUGAUGUGAUCAGUUGUGCAGCAGUCGAUCAGACUUGUGUUCGUGUCAGCUGAGUGUCUGUGCAGGAUUGGUGUAUAAUCGAUUAGCAGUGUGAGAUCGAAUAGAUUUCUAAUACCUUUAAAAGCUGGUGGAUUGAUAGCAGGUUGGAGUGAAUUAUGGCUUCACAGAGGGGGAACAGACACUUCUCAGUCAAUACAGCUUAUAUUAAAGUGAACAGACGUACCAACCAGGAAGAUGCUUAUCAUGUCAAAAGAACCCCCUCCACCCCCCAGGAGGGACCCAAGAAAAGAGCUGCCUUUGUUGAUCUUACAAACACCAACAAAGUUCAUAAUGAAGCCCGAAUCAAAGGUGGCAAGCCAGUCAAGAAGGCACAGACAAGCAACGUGGCUGUUAAGACUAACUCCAGACUGAAAGAGUGUAAACAUCUGUCAUCUGAGAAGCAACCCAAACUUGCUGAACAUCAAGCGGAGUCACUGUCAGCAGACACUGGCACGUUUCCUCAGAAAGAGCAGCCUGCACGUCAACAAACUCUGCAGCCUGCAGUCCUACAACAAAAGAACCCUCAGAUACCAGUAGCAUUCAACGUUGAUAAUGUGCAGAUCGAAGACCACCUGAUGAGUCCAGAGUAUGCCGAAGAUAUUUUUGACUACCUCAGAAAUCGAGAGGAGAAUUUUAUCCUGACAGAUUAUAUUCACUCUCAGCCAGACUUGAAUGCAAAUAUGAGAGGCAUUCUUGUGGACUGGAUGGUGGAGGUCCAGGAAAACUUUGAGCUAAAUCAUGAAACCUUGUACUUGGCGGUAAAGCUGACUGAUCACUACCUGUCCGUCACUGAGACUAUGAGGGAAUCCCUGCAGCUUCUUGGCUCCACAGCUAUGCUCAUCUCUGCAAAGUUUGAAGAGCGGUGCCCACCCUGUGUUGAUGACUUUAUGUACAUUUGUGACGAUGCCUACCAGAGACGGGAGUUUCUUGCCAUGGAAAGGAACAUCUUACAAUGCCUUAAAUUUGACAUUAACAUCCCAGUGCCUUAUCGAUUCCUCAGGCGUUAUGCAAAGGUAGCCAAUGCUUGCAUGGAGACGCUAACUUUAGCACGCUACGUGUGUGAACUGAGCUUGCUAGAGUUGGAGCUGGUGCCUGAGAGAGCUUCUCGGUUGGCCUCAGCUUGCCUGCUCCUCGCCCUCAUCACUAAAGGCCUGGGAGGAUGGACACCAGCUCUUCAGUACCAUAGUGGUUACACGCUAAGUGAGCUCAGCUCACUGGUGAGGAGACUAUAUGCUAUGUUGGCCUGCCCUGUGGACGAGAAUCUCAAAGCUGUGGAGAACAAGUACUCUCAUAAAGUCUUCUAUGAAGUUGCAAAAAUUCCACUAGUGCAUAUUGAGACAUUAGAAGAGGCACUGUCAGAGAAUCAUGUUUCUUUAUAG